ACACUGCCCUCCAGUGAAUUCCUCGCCGCCGCUGGAAUAGCAUGUAAAUUAUUACCAGCUUUUUUAGGAUAGUGUAAUUUGAAACUUUUCAAAUGGAAUAGGAGCCACUUCAAAGGCCUUAACGACCCGCUAACGCAGCCCGCUAACACUGUCCGCUAACGCGACGUAGGGGCCGUCGGCGGCGUUGCCUGACGCUCCUCAGCCGUUUUAAUGACACGUCAUCACGCGCGAGGCCUCUGCUGCUCUUUGGGCUUCUUCCACUCUGUCACCGACCGCUCCAGCAGACAAACAUUCGCCUGCAGCCACACUUGCACCGUUAUCCUGACCUUUGAGGUCAGCGCGGGCGCACGUUUUGGGCCCCGGCCCGUGUUUUUCGCCCGCAGCCGCGGUUCCUCGGACCCGCGGAGCCCAUAGGUGCUGCUGCUGCGGAGCUGCAGUGACUCGAGUGGAGCUGACACGGGUUUUUUGGCGCGGUGUCACCUUUCGUGACGGACGCCUCGCCCGCUUCCAGAGAGCCUUUGAAAACGACUGUUAUCCGCGCUAUUUGUCUCCGUCGUUUGCGGCCGCGCUCGGAUGCAAAGUUCAUACAUCAGCCGGGGCGCGUGUAAGAGCAAUCUCAUAAUGGAAUCAGUGAAUAAAAGAUGAGUUCAGCACCCCGCAGAUAUUACAGCAACUUUGAUGCAUAUGAAUAAACUGCAUGCAUUAAGCGCCGGAACAUUGUGUACAAUCAUUCUCACCUUUUAAAUGCUGCACCUUGAACUCCUUCUCGUCUUGAGUCAGUCAAAAACAUAUUCUAAUUCAAUUGUCCCUGGCUGACUCCCUGAGCUCCUCUUUAAUUCCCAGAUAAGUUUGUUUUGGGACGCUGAAGCCAAGGUCAGUCGUGGGGAGGAGAGACAGAUAAUGAACUCAUAUUGUGUUUCAUACCCUCGUUCUGUCUCUCUCCUUCUUUUCCUCCUCCUCUGUCUCCUCAUUGUGCAUGUCACCAUGUCCAUUACUCAAUUACUAAUCUCCUUUGGCCUCAGGAAUUCCAGGGCUGACCUCUCGGAGGCAGCGGGCUGAAACCCCUCCCGGCGUGACGGGUGGUGGUGGGGGGGUGUGUGUUGUGGAAAGGCGCCACCCACCGGGAGCUCGCACCCCGUUUGACUCCCCGAGCCCCGAGUCCUGUCGGAGCGAUGAGCCGCUCGGCCGCGGAGCGCUGACAGGCCGGAACGCCCGCGUCACCGGCCGCGGCGCCGCGGCCCGGAUUUCUCACGCCGGAUUGUUGGGAGUGAUAUGGAAUAUUUCAGGGUGCAUUGUUUCUAAUCGGAUCACCCAGUGCAGAAUCGGGAAUGUCCCUCAUGUGCCGCUUGGCCGCCAGUACAUCACCGCAUCCAUAGAAAUUGAAUGAUAUGGAUUUUAGCGAAUUUAAUUUCAAUGAGGUUGCCGGAGUGUCGUGUAGCUGGAGCAGAGUUAUCUACGGUUUCACAGCAGACGCCUGCGUUUUUACCACUUUCAGUCCAUUAUGUGCCGUCGUAGCAAUAAAUUCAGCCCGUAAUGUUUUUGGAGAUAUCACGCUGCUGCAGUAAUAACAUGAAUUAUUGAUAGGAGAACAGAGGCAGGACGUGGCAUUCGGCUGUUAAUGUGUUGCCUUGCGUUUUAGCACAGUCAUAAAAGGCGCCGUCGAGAAGUUUACGCGCGCUCAUUGACAGGCUUCGGGGCGAAACGGGACGCGGCCCGCGGGCCCACGGUUCUCUGCCCAAGGUUCUGAAGCCCGUUUGAAACCUGAAAACGCGAAAACUUCAGCUCAACUGUUAGAAAGUCACAGUCACUAAAGUUUGCCAGGAAUCAGGUCGGUGGCUUUUAGUUUUUUUCAAACUGACUUACUGUAUUAAUGAUUGAACAAUUACCAAGAACACAGUCGAGUUUUUCAACAUUCGCCGCAGCCCCUGUUCAUUUCUGGGUUCUGCGGCUUCUCAGAAACCUCUUGCACAGAAACUGCUGCACGUUUCUUAAUUCGACACUAUUUGCUUCAGCAUUUCUCAAUCAAAUACGAUUUGUGCAAAACCACGCGCCGCCGAGCUGAUGGACGGGGCCCGGUUCUGGAGCGGCCCGCUUCAUAGACUGAUUGUAUUCCAGACUGUGUUGACAGCUGCUGAAUUGCUCUCACCUGUUGUGCUUCGCUCUCGAGCAGAACAAGUCUCCGAACAGGAGUUGUUGACGCUCGCGUCGCUCAGCUGAUUGAUACAGAGGCAGCGACGGAGUGCUUUUACGGCUCUGGUGAACUCGCCGAGCAGCCUCGCUCCGAGACGCAUCCAGCGACUUGUUUUGGUGUAAAAUGAAGAGAGGCGGAGUAUUUCACGGCUGCGCCGCUACUGUAGAUUGCGUCAAAGUACAGUAUCGCAUUCCGCACAGAUCCAGUACAAUUUGGCGACUGGCUGCAGGCUGAAUGCUGCUUACUGUUGCUCUACAUUAUUCAGAUGGCCUGCUUUUCUGAAGGCAGGAACAGCAGUCAGUUUUUCAUUGCAUGGAAAGCCAGUUACAACCACCCGCCACCACUUGACAGCUGAAGACAGCUCAUUAUAAGAAGACCGAAAACCCAUGUUUGAUGUUUCUACUUAGUGAGGGAGGCACAGCUAUAUCAAGCUAUCCCUCACAGGCUUUUCCUUUAUAAGGAAAUACUGUCUCCAACUGCUUGGGAUUUGAUACGCCUGUAGUUGCAGAUGAUGUGAGAACUGAAAAUGGAUAAUUGUAUAGACAGAGCACUCAGAGAGAAUCUGAAAAGAAGCCAUAAAGUCAUGUGUUUGUUUUCAGCGUUGUGGUAAAAUUAUCCGUUAAUAGACGGAGAUGGUUGUAAAAAACGCCCAAAGACGUGGACGGGAUGUUUUCAGCCUCGCAGCCGAGGGAAUUACGGCAGUGGAUCAUUUAGAUUAAAGCAGAUUGUUUCGCCGCAGCUGUUUUUGUGCCCAUACCUACAAUGCACGAAUGGAGCAAAACGGCACAAAUGACUGUUAUUUUAAUGGCAGUAAUGUGCAGGCGGCUUGACAGGAAAUAUGUACGUGCACCCAGAUGCCUCCUAAAUUGAAGAUAACCAAGCACGAGGUCAUUGCAGUGUCUGAGAAGGUGAUUGUGCGCUUGGAGGACCUGGUGAAGUGGACGGUACCGGACUUCUCAGGAUGGGCCCACGGUCUGAAAGCGGAGCCUCUCAAAGCCUCCGUGCUCCGGGAGCUGGGGACCAACGGGAGGCGAGAGGCCCUCCACCGCUACAGAGAAAGCACCCUGACCAGCGGACUCAACUUCAAGGAUGUCCAAAGGGAGAGGGCACAGCUAGGCCAGGAGGAGGACGGACGCAAGGUUCUGGUGCUCAGCUACCCGCAGUACUGCCGCUACCGCUCGGUCCUGGCCCGGCUCCGGGAGCAGCCGUCGUCCCUGCUCAUCGACCACACGGUGCUGGCGCUGGGCGGCAUCGCGGCGCUGGGCGGCAGCACCCGCAUCCUGUACUGCCGGGACACCUUCGAGCACGCCGCCCUGCUGCACAACGAGAGCGUCUGCGACGAGUUCGCGCCCAACCUGAAGGGGCGACCGCGGAAGAAAAAGCUGUCCAUUUCUCAGAGGAGGGACUCCCAGGGUCAGGCUCAGGGUCAAGGGUCAUCAGGGUCAAGCCAGGGGUCAACGGCGGUGGCAGCACAGGAUCCUUGCAGCCCGGAGAGCAAAGCUACUACAAAGGUCAAGCCCAACUGUAAAACGGUACCCAACGGAAAAAUAACCCCGGCAGCCAAGCAUAAGGCCAACAACCUCAGCAGGAAAGCCUCCGCCGAGGAGAAGGAGAAAGGCAGGGAGAAGGAGCGGGAGCGGGAGGAGAGGAGCGAGAAGGAGGAGAAGGACGAGGAAACAUCAGAGGAGACGCGAGCGGAGGAGCAGGCUUUCUUAGUGUCGCUCUACAAGUACAUGAAAGACAGAGACACGCCCAUAGAGAGGAUCCCCUUCCUCGGCUUCAAACAGAUCAACCUUUGGACAAUGUUUCAAGCCGCUCAGAAACUGGGAGGAUAUGAGCUGAUCACGGUGCGCCGACAGUGGAAGCACGUAUAUGAUGAAUUGGGCGGGAACCCCAGCAGCACGAGCGCCGCCACGUGUACGCGGAGACACUACGAGAGGCUCCUCCUUCCUUACGAGAGGCACAUGAAAGGUGAACAGGACAAACCUCUGCCCUUGACCAAACCCAGGAAGCAGGAGGGCAGCCAGGAGAAGGCCCCGGGAGCCAAAGUCAAAGGAGUGGGUGCCAAAAAGCUCAAAGGCAGCAAUCUCAAACUGGGGAUUAAAAAGGAGCGAGGGGAGACGGUAAAAGGCCAAGAACAAUCACAGGACUCCAGUGGGAAAGAGGAGAAUCAGGAGCAGUCCACAGCCAUAAAGAAGGAGGUUUCUCUAGAAGACGAACCCAUUGUCAUAGAGGAGGAGGAGCUGCAUGUCACCCUAAAAAAAGAGGAGUCCUUGGCGUUGGAGCCGCCAUCGUUGUUCGGCCCCAAAGAGCCGGACUACAGAGCCUCACACGCUGGCGCCCCCCUCCACACGGGGCCCAGCGCCCAGCCUGAAUGGAGGCAAAUGAGCGAGGCCCUCAAAGUAAAACUCUCAUGUGAACAGCAAGGCGAAGGGCAUUUCAUCCCUAAAACGCCCUACCUGCCUCACCGCUGGGACCAGAACAAACCUGCAGGACACGUUGCUCUGCCCGAGCCCUCCACCAGGGGCAAGGACUCCACAGACACUCAUGGGGGGAGAGUGGGCAAGGUGCUGCCCAUGUGUAAGCAGACAGACAGGCAGUGCAUAGACUUGAGCACAGAUUCCUUCCCGGAGAAAGAGGACUGUGGCGUCAUAAAGAAGGAGUCUCCUCAGACAGCUGCCUACUGCAAAGCCAGCCAGGGGGUCAUGUCUCCUCUGGCCAAGAAGAAGUUCCUUUCUCAGGUGUGCGAGUCCAACCCGUUCUCCUACACCUCCAGUCCUCUCCAGCCUCCGCCGCCCGCGGCCUCCUCCUCUCUCCCGGUCAUAUCAGUGCUGGAACGGGAGAAGGAGAAGAGGAAGGGCGAGGAGGAGGCGGCGGGCCUCAGACCCGGGUGCGACGGCGCCCCGGAGGCGGCGCCCGCCUUCAGGCCGUCCGUCAUCCAACACGCGCAGAGCAGCAAACCCCACCAACAGGCCGCCAGCAGCUCCUCCGAGAGGAGCGGCGCCGGGGAGCUGGGCGAGCUGUCGGACUCUUACGGCUGUCGGACGAGCCACCGCAUGCAGCCGCCGGUCAACCCGCCGUGGCAGCCAUACCUCCCCCGGAGCCACGGCCCGGACGGAGGGGAGAAACCCGGGGACACGCUACUCCCGGGCCCGGCCGCUCAGCCCCGGGGCUACGGAGGCGACUGCUACUCCUCCCCCCACCUCCACAGCCUGUACAGGCAGACGGAGAGCUGCCUGAACCAGGAGAGGAUUGCGGGCUUUGCCAAUGGGGAGCGGAGGGAGCACUACAGCAGGGAGCGUGAAGGCGCCCAGAGCUUUGUCUGUGGGGGCUUGGAGCAGGAGGGCCUGGCCUACAGGUCCCACUACAGCGACAGGACUCAAACGCACGGGGAGAGCAGAGAGGCGGACGACGAGCCCAGAGACUUCACCAUUCCUAAGCCGCUCUCUCAGAGGGUGUCCUCCUUCUCCAAGCCCUCCUUCUGCGGCCUCCCGUAUUCCAUGAUGCACCAGGGUUUGGAAUCUCACCCCAAGGCCUGCAGAGUGCCUCCGAUGACCAUCACGCCCCCCAAACAGAGCCCGGCAGAGCCGUCGCAAUCCUUCCCCAGCCCCAAAGCCUCCAACGGCGCGUCCCUCGCCAGCCCCGUCCGACCCAGCAAGCGGAGCCUGGUGGAGCUGGAUAGCGAGGAACUCCCGGAGCGCAAGGUUCGAGUGGUGACGCCCAUCCACCCCGCCGCCUCCAUCCGCUGCAGCGACCCGGAGGAGCUGAAGCCAGCGGAGCCGGCUCACGCCGUCCACCUCAACAACCACCUGCCCGAGGGCCACCCCAGCCCCGCCUUCCCCCCGCCCCACGCCGCUCACCUGUACCCGGGCAUGUACCCGCACGGCAGCCUGGUGACCGCGGCGGCCCCGGACGGGCUCCAGCAGCACCCGGGCCUCCAGUACCUGAAGAGCCAGUCGGCGGUGUCCCCCCUCAUGCCGCCACUGGCCUUCCACUCCAUGAUGCUCCACAGGCAGCUGCUGGCCUCCAGCCCCAGCCCGCACCACUUCUACCGGCACCCGGGGGGGGCGGCCCUGUACACCGACCUGUUGCACCACCUCUACCCUCUGUCCACACUCCCACCGCCACAGCUGUCCUCAGUGCACCCCAGCACCAGACUGUGAGGGGAGCGGGGCCACUCGCGCCCCCCUUCAUCCUCAGACGUUGUUUUUAGCCUCUUCGUGUCGGUCGUAGCUCUGGGAUUGGGCUCGGCCGGAGGAAAACACUUUAGCUGAUUGCAGACUGAUAAACUCAUCAGUCAGGCGGACGGAGAAAUUCCAUUUCCUUUUUUAUUUGUGUAUGCAUUUGUUUAUAUACUUUGCACUGUUGUUUAUUUUUUAUCACCACUUACUGUAUCAUUUUUCCCGUAUCCUUAUUUGCACAGUGCUCGUGUGUGUGCUCGCGUAUCUCUUUGGCGCUCUCAAUCACCGCGAGUCAGGGUGUUGCUCUGGACGUGUGACAAGUGGAGGGCAACAGAGAAAAGCCAUUUGUUUACUGCGUCUGAGGGCUAAACUUUGUUGCUUAGAAACACUACAAGUAACACGACAACGUCAAUGAAAUUCCUUCUCCAGCCGAGGUGUGUUCACCGUCACAAGUCCGGAGCGCAUUAUUACGGCAGUGGCGGCGGUGUGUUUACAUGUCUGCACGCUGGGUUGCCUGUUCUGGAAGCGGUUGCCUGUUUGUGCCACAGUAAAUGCACCCGGACUCCUCGGAAACAGACGCUAACACUCGGUGUGGUGCUGCAUACAGUAGAAUACUGUAGGAUAGUUUCAUUAUAACAUCCAGAGGUGCUGUGUAUGACAGAUGUACUGUAGACUCACUUUUCACUCGGUUCAGGUUGUGUUCGCCAUGUACGGUUCACAUACAGCAGAAGCAGUAGUCACGUUUGAUCUGUCGAGCCGUUACGAAUGUUUUUCGUUUUUUACUUUCAAAACAUUAUCUGACCUGAAAAAAUCCCAUGUGAUGAGUCGACUGUAGCGGUUUGUUUUUGUCUGCAGGACCAGCAUAAUGAAGCAGCCGUCUGCUGUGGAAUGCUCGCCACACGAAAUCAACAUUUCAUCUUUUUGUUCUCGACUUGAAAAGCUCUUUUAUUGGUGAACAGACUCUUUUAUUCCACACGCUGAAAAGACUCACUGUAUGAUUUGAUAGGAAUGUCGUCACUUAGGAUAUUAUUGCUUCGCAAAUAUCUGUGCCUUUCGCAGUCUUGGAUUAGAGUUAGCACUACAGUUGUUAAGGCUCAUCUUCUGUAGCAGGAUAGAAAUAUCAAUAUUACUGUCACUCGUAUGAGACGCAGCGCACAUUCAUGCAAAAGCUAUGGGACACCAGACCUAACUAACCUGGUAAGGCACAAAAUGUAGGGUUUGUCGGCAGUUAUGCAUUAACCUGAUGGUUAAUAUAUGUGUUUAAAUAAAUAUAUUUACUUAGCUUAACUGUGUCAGGUUGUCAAUUAUAGCGGACCCUGAAGAGAUUUACUGAUAUUGCCGAUACUGACACAAGCCUGGUGUCUGUCAUCUGCAGGGCAUGUGUGCUCUGUGUGUUUUCUAGCCACGAUGAAAAGGUACCAGACUCCAUAAAUUAUGCCUACCGUGCCCCACAGCCCGAGGCAGAAAGACAACACCUGCUCUGGCGCUUCACAGCCACUAUAAUUGCAAUGCAGGAUCGUCGAACUACACGGUGAGCGCGUCUGAUGUUCCAAAAGAAGAAAAGAUAGCUGUAAAUGUCUAUGUGUAAAGUUUUACUGAACUCUUAGAUCAAGACAUUCAUUUUUGAUUAAGUACUGUACACUGCUGUGUGUAGGUAAAGCUGGCGUUAGUGCUGGGCCCUGUACAGAACAUGCAUAUGGGAUCAAUCCAUAACAGCCCCUCUCUCCGGUCUUACUCCUCUGUAAAUAGCACUGUAGAUAGUAACGCGUGGUUGUUAUCAUAUAAACUGUUAUAAUCUGUAAAUAGUAUAAAAAAAACAGUAUAAAGUCGGUUACACAAUCUAGCUGUGCUCUUGUUUGCUCAUGAUCAUGUUAAACACUACAGUUACAGAAUUAGGAUCCUCUUGGUUGUCUUUCCACUUUUUUUUCCCCCUCCACGCAAUUUUCCAUUAAUGUGCAUUCUGAAAGUGUUUUUGAUACGGUAGCCAUCUGUUUACCAAUCACCCAGCUGGCGAGCGAGACAAAAAAUAAAGACAUUUUGUAUGAUAUGACCUCCUGUAUAUUUAAUUAAAAUAUUUUACUAUCUAUA